AAUACCUAUAUAUUAUUAUGUAAAUGUAUCGUACAGUCUCUCUAUUAAUAAUUAAUGUUUCGGCGACUCAGACUAACUUGUGCGAACGCCGCUGGAACGCCUGGAACCACUACCGUAUUCCGUCUAUAAGGCUUUGUCCCAUACUCCCAUGCUCUGUCCUAUACGGCUAUGACGUCAAUCGUUUACAUUGAUAUCAUGGUUUGUGUACGACAGAUAAGUGAUAAACUGAUAACGCAAUAACGUGAUAAUCGCUAGCUUGGUCGUUUUUCAAACAAACCGGCAUUUGUCAUCACUAUUCACUAAUUUAUUAGUAACUUAAUAGUUAGUUGCUUUAUUCAAACAUUACUUAUUCUAUUCGACGUCUCGUGGUAAUUUUUAUUUUCGUUAUUGCUCUGCCAUCGUGUUAAUGUCAUGAAAAAAAAAUGAAAACACCUUAUGGAUACUGCGACUUACGCGUCGAGAGGGUGAACGACGACAUUAUCGAUGCAUACAUUAAACAUGGGUAUGCUUUGAUCGCUGUAAACACUACAGUAAAUUGUUUAUUACUAGGCAAUGGAAGUUCAAACAAAAAAAAAAGAAAAUUUGCAGAAUGUAAUGAAGAAAAUGAUGAAGAAAAAGACUGGGUGCCUACACCCAAGUUAAUUAAUAAUAAUGACUCCAAAUUGACCAUUCUGAAUCGAUUAACAAUUCAAAUAUCAAAUAUUGGACAACUGCAAAAAAUUUUGAGUUCUCCAAAUUUCAAGUUGUAUAAUAUUCUAGCAGUAGAACCGUUAAAUGAUAAAGUUUUUCAGGACAUAGUCACUUCACCAUCAGUAGAUAUAAUAACUUGUAACAUGAAAACAUCUAUAACUCCAAAGGACUACACAAUCGCAGUUGAAAAAAACAUUUAUUUUGAAAUAUCCUAUUGUCCAAUGUUAUUUAGUUCUAGUACACGUCAAGAUACUUUUACUUUAGCUCAUCUACUUUAUAUUAAAGGAAAAUCGAAAAACUUAAUAAUUACAAGUGCGGCAGCUAAUAAACUGGACAUACGCAAUCCUCAUGAUGUGAUGAAUUUAGGUAUUUUACUAGGUCUUUCAAGAAAACAAUCAACCAAAUCAGUCACUCAAGGAUGUUAUUCAAUUAUUUUAAAGAGCUAUGGUCGGAAAUUAGGAAAGUCUGCAAUACAUUUGAAACCUAUGGACAACAAAUCUUAAUAUUAAAAACAAUUUGUUAUAUGUAUUAUUUGCUCGAUAUUAAAUUUUGAAUGUAUUAUAUUUAUAAUUUUAAUUGAU